GACGCAAACCCCUAAAGGCUCAGUAUUCGCGGGACCAGCACUCCGUUAAAACGGUCGUGCGCUGGACAAAGAUUUUUCCGUAACAUCCUCUUGUCUUACAAUAUUUAGCCUGUAAAAGUUAAUAAACAAGAAGAAAUAUUCAAUUAAAAAUAUCAAAUUAUAGGAGAAGAUUAAAAAGUGUCCGAUGCGAGUAUCAUCGAAUUUGUAGACAGCACCUUUUUUUGGUUAAGCGCGCGAUUUUCAAAAGGAAUCACAACCUAGAGAUAAGCUCUUGACCAUCAAAGAUGAUCACGGCAUUACCAGUUCCAUCGGUAAAGGUCUUCCACAAAACUUAUUACCAAGAAAAGGGGACGAGAAUAGGAAAUAGCCAACCGGGAAGCCCAUUGGCAGAAAGUGAAGCAGUCUUAGCGUUGGCUGACAAAGAACCACCAGAAUAUUAUUUUUGUGGAAAGGUAAAUUCUCUUCAUGUUGUCGUGGGAUCUCUACUUUUUGGAUCCGUUGUGCUCGUCGUUGGCUUAGUCCAACUUGCACCGGGAGCCGAAGCCGCACAAAACUCGGCUGUGUUGAUAGCUGCUGGAUGCGGUCUUCUCCUCGUUGGUGUUUUCUUAGCGCCCCUUCGAGCACUCUGUAUUAGAAGACAAAAGGCUGCUCAGAAGGAUGGCACGCAUCAGAGAAGUAUCACCAGCAUAGACAAACUUCUAUCUCAAAACAGAGAUUUCACUGUCCUGACACCGGACGAACUGGAGGAUCUCGUAGGAAGGCCGGCCUCAAGUUUGGAAAACAACAAAACGAGUUCGAAACAAAUUCGAAGUACCUAGGUAUUGUCAGCCUCGAAGAAGGUAAUGCCUUCAUCGCCGACGUGCUCGAACACACCAUCCUCAUCUACAUCACCAGGAACGAACUCCUCCAUUCUUUACACUCAUCGUUUCGACUCGCGCGAGCACAGUCUCGUUUGAAAGAAAGUUUCAAAGCUUAUAUCAAAGCAAAUUUCCGUAAUCAGAGGAAUAGGGUUAAAAAAAAA